GCCCCUCCUCCUGUAGAGAGUACAGGAACCGAAACGGUGCUGCCGUCGAGCUGUCGGUCUGCAGUUGGUAGACAGACGCAGAAUCUCACUCCGUUGCUGGGUCAUAGGUGACUUGGUGAACCCAGACCCUGAGGGCAGUUGCUGCCUCUCUCUCACACUUCUUCCCGUCUCUUGACAGUUUUGUCAUGGCGUCCUCCUUGAUAAGUCGUCAACUUGCGCUCUCCCUGCAGAAAAACUUGCGUCUCAGUGCUCCAGGGUGCCGAUAUGUCAGCAAGGCAGCACCAAAGACUCAGGUGGAGUUUGACUAUGACAGGCCCUCCAUGAAAACUGAAGUCCCUGGGCCAAGAUCACAGGAGCUGACAAAACAACUGGGGGAAAUCCAGAAUGUUGGUGCAGUCAACUUCUUCUGUAACUAUGAAGAAAGCAGGGGGAACUACCUGGUGGAUGUGGAUGGCAACCGCAUGCUGGACAUCUACACUCAGAUCUCCUCCAUUCCGAUUGGCUACAACCACCCUGCUCUCCUCAAACUAAUGGCCGAUCCCAGUAAUCUGAGUACAUUUGUAAACCGACCUGCCCUGGGAAUUUUGCCGCCUGAGAACUUUCCAGACAAACUCAGUGAAAGUCUUCUCUCAGUGGCUCCCAGUGGAAUGACUCGUGUUCAGACGAUGGCCUGUGGCUCUUGCUCUAACGAGAAUGCUUACAAAGCCAUGUUUAUCUGGUACAGGAACAAAGAGCGAGGCCACACUACACCAUCUGAAGAAGACGUCAGCUCCUGCAUGAUAAACCAGGGCCCAGGCUGCCCAGACCUCAGUAUUUUAUCUUUCAUGGGAGGUUUCCAUGGAAGAACUAUGGGUUGCUUGGCAACGACACACUCCAAAGCAAUCCAUAAGCUGGAUGUACCCUCGUUUGAUUGGCCGAUCGCUCCAUUCCCCAGACUGCAGUAUCCACUGGAAGAGUUUACCAGAGAGAAUGCACAGGAAGAAGCUCGCUGCUUGGAAGAGGUGGAGGAUCUGAUAGUGAAGUGGAGGCAGAAGGGAAAUCCUGUGGCAGGAAUUGUGAUUGAACCCAUCCAGGCUGAAGGUGGAGAUAACCAUGCCUCCCCAGGCUUCUUCAAAAGCCUUCGCAACAUUGCACGCAAGCAUGGCUGUGCUUUCCACGUGGAUGAAGUCCAGACUGGUGGAGGGUCCACAGGAAAGUUUUGGGCCCAUGAACACUGGGGCAUGGAUGACCCUGCUGACAUUGUCUCCUUUAGCAAGAAGCUCCUGACUGGUGGCUACUACCACAGGCAAGAAUUACAGGCUGAUAAGCCGUACCGCAUCUUUAACACAUGGAUGGGUGACCCAUCAAAGAACCUGUUCCUGGCUGAGGUCCUUAAUGUUAUUCGCAGAGAAAACCUUCUGGAGGAGGUGACUCGCUCUGGGAAAGCCUUGCUAAAUGGCCUUUAUGAGCUGCAGGCUCAAUACCCUGGCUUAUUGAGCCGAGCCCGAGGACAGGGAACCUUCUGUGCCAUUGAUAUCUGUGAUGAUGCAACACGCAACAGCAUCCUUCUUAAGGCCAGAGACAAAGGUGUCCUCCUGGGAGGGUGUGGGGAUCGAUCCAUUCGUUUCCGUCCAUCACUGGUGUUCAAGGAGUACCAUGUUCACAUGUUCCUCAACAUCUUUAAUGAUGUGUUGGCCCAGCACAAAUAAAUCUUUAUCCAGAAGGACUGACAUGAGUUAAUCCAGAAUGGAGGGAUUGAAACUCCUUACAGUAAAUGUCAUGUUAAGCACAACUCACAAUUACUAACGCAGAGAUCCAGGGCCAGUUGAGUUUAUAACAGUGAAUAUUGGCUAGGCUUCGUAUCCUUAGCCAGAAGUUAUUAUAAUGAUGUCCUUUACAAUUACCUAGAAAAUCAUUCAGAUUUAAAUAAAUGUUAAUAUGUCUGUAAAAUAAUUCUAUUGAAAUGAAAAACUCCAUAAACUUUCUCAUCUGUAUUCAUGUUCUCAUAUGUAGACUGACUACACUAGCAGUACUGACAUAAAGGUAUCAUGUCUAGCACCAUCUUUUCCACACCCUUUCCGUCCUAAUAUUGUUCCCUACCAACUUCUUAAAGGAGACAUUUUGGAAAAAAGUGAAAUGGGAGCUGUUUCAAAGUCUGUGAAGAGCGUUGUACUGAUUAAAAUAGACACAUAUAAAUGUGGCUUAUCUAUACUUGUAUUGAUUUGUCGUAAUUUUUCUGGUUCUGGAACAGGAAAAUGAUGUCCAUAUUCUUAAUCUGGUUUACAGAGUUCUGAAUAAUUUAAAGUUUAUCCCAGGGUUGUUCAGGGAAAGAACCGGCAAUUUGCACAACACAGACCUUUUUGAAUUGCUGAGACAUCUGAGAUUCAAAGGUCCAGAAGCAGGCUAAAAUAUUGGUCUGUUCCCCUUAACAGGCAGCACAGCGUUAGAUACAUAUAAAUAAGGGGAUCCCAACUCCUUAUACUGUAAACCUCACUUAAUGGCUCAAAACAAAGUUUAAUGUAUAGCUUCUUUCAGUGAUCAUAUGCAUCACUUCCACAACCUGACCCACUGUAACUUCAGUGAUUAUAGUUAGUCAGAACAUUUGUUUUAAGAAAAGCAGAUGGUCACCUUACAUACAGAAUUCUUUGUCACUGAUGAGUGUAAAGGAACACACAAUAGAGCUAAAAUGCCAGCCUGCAUGUCAUUUAAUGGUGUCCAUUAGAAAUGUCCUUGUCAUUAUUCUGCCUGUUGUUUUACUAUAGUAGGAAUGACUUUGCAACUUGAAAUGUUGUAGCCC